AUGGCAAGCAGCAAAGCAGGUGGCAAGAACGGCGGCCACACGGCCGCCAGGUCUCCCGGGAAGGCCGGCUCACGCGCGCGUGAGCCCGCGCCAGGCCCGGUUUUCAAGGUUAUUAACCACGACAUUACGACGGACGUGAUCGAGCCUCUGGCGCCCGCUGACGCGGGCCGCGACGCUGGCCGCCACGCUGGCAUCGCCAGCGUCGCAAGCGACGCGCGUCACGACCACGACGACGACGGCGACGGCGAGCUGGCGUUUCCCUCGCAUCCGAAACGGUUCCGUGGGCACGCCGUCGCCGCGGCCGAGACGGCCGCGGCCGCAACACACGCGUGCGACGCACUCGAGGAGAUCGAAAAACUGGUGGGCCGCGACGGCGUGCUCGGCACCACCGCCGACUUCUGGCGCGAGGUGGCGUCCGCGUGCGAGGACGUCGACGGCGACGGCGACGAAGACGUCACGAGCGACGGCGCCAGCUCCGAUUUGGCCCCAGCUGCCAUGACGCCCGCCACGUCGCCGCUCGCGUCGCCCCUGGCCGGCGACGAGCCCCGGCUCGAGGAUUUCAUCAGCGACGCGGGCACGACCAGCGCGCCCGCGGCCGCGGCCGCCGCUUUCCAACCGCGAUUCCAGAUCAAAGAGCUGUGUUUCCGCGACGCAGACGGCAAGCUCGCGCUCACGGCGGCCGGGCCCGCCCACGUGCACAAGCCUGCGCAUCUGCGUGCGUCCAAGAGCAGCAAGCGGCUCAUCAAGCGUGCGUUGCGGCGCAAAAGCGGAGUGUGGGAAAUGGUGUGCCCCAGCGUCGCGGUCGCGGAGUUCAUGCUGUUGUGA